UAAACAACACGCUCCCGUGGCAGCUCUAGUCUAGUGUGAGGGAGAAAGGCAAAAAAGGAGCUAUGGUAUUGUGGUGUUCAAGGAGGAGCGUCCAGGGUUUGAGUAGCGGCGCCGAGAAUUGGGAGAGCGCGCGCUGGAUCUCCAUCCCAGAGCCUCUAUUUCGGCAAUGCAUGCUUGCAAAUAGCUUUCUCGACCAGAUCUGGCAGCGCCAGGGAUAAGUCGAGCGAAAUUUCGAUCGGAUCGGAAAGGCAGGGCAGCGGCGGGCUCAAGAACGCCGCGGCGCGCCCGGAUCGAGCUAGAUCGCGGCGGAAUUCCACCUGCAUUCCCCGGCAUGCAAGAAAGGUCAGUGUAGAUCGAUCGAUAUCUCGUGUGCUUCCAGGAGAGGGGGUGAAGGGGGAGAAUUUCUCCCAUCUUGAUGCUCUAUGGCGGCUAUGCCCAACCAAUUGCCGCACAGGCUCUUCGUUGACGAGGCCAAGGCAGCCGGGAUUCCUCCUCCAGGCCAGCCGCCGCCGCCGCUCGUCCAGCCAUGGAUUCCAGACGAGAGGGACUCCUUCAUCUCGUGGCUGCGCAGCGAAUUCGCCGCCGCCAAUGCCAUAAUCGACGCAAUGUGCCAGCAUUUGCCGGUGGUGGCGUCAUGCCCCGGGGAGUAUGACUUCGUGCUCAAUUGCGUGAGGCAAAGGCGCUACAAUUGGACCGCCGUGCUCCAUAUGCAGCAAUACUUCUCGGUGGAGGAGGUGGUCAUGGCGCUCCAGCAAGUAGCUCUCAAGAGGCGCCAUCUCCACCAGCAGCAGGGAAUUGGAUCUGGGUCCGAUGGAGGAGGAGCUCUUUGGGGGGACUCGGAUUUCCGGAGACCGAAUUUCAGCCGUGCUGCUUCCACUCCUGCUGACAAGAAAGAGAACUUCGUGCCAGAAACCAGCAAAUCUGACUCGGAUAUAUCGAGCAAAGCUGCCACCAGCGAAGAAAAAAUUUCCGGCACCACCGCCAUCGCCGCUGUCGGUGGUGAGAGUAUUGACGAAGUUGGAUCUCACCAACAGGAGGGCCAGAGUGGCCAGCACGAUCAGAGCUUGGCGUCCGUGGAUCGGAGCUCCGAGAGGACUGCUCAAGCUAGGAGUUCGAAUGGCAAGCCCCAAGAGCUCGUAGUCAAAGUGUCGAAGAACUUUCAGUCGCUUGAGAAUGUUGACGGGAGAGUGAUCAAUGCUGUGGAGGGGCUUAGAAUUUGCGAGAAUGUAUUCAGCUCUUCGGAGAUCGAGCGGCUGGUGUCGUCACUAAGUGAUCUUCAAGGAGUCGGAAGAAAAGUCGAGCUGGGAGCCACUGGAUACAGAAUCCUUGGUGGGAAACGAUUCCUGAAAGGCAAAAGCAGUGACCUGAUGAUACAGCAAAAUGCUGACAAUACAGAAGACGCUCAAAAGAGUUCUUCGCAAGAUGACACUCCAGAUUCCUUGCCAGAAAUCGUACAAUUUAUUGCUGAUCGUCUGUUAGAGCAACAUAUCAUUCCGGCCUCAAAACGGCCGGACUCAUAUAUUAUUAAUUUCUUGGGCGAGGGGGGAUACUUGCCACCACAGACAAACAGCCAGGAAUUUGAUCAACCUUUCUGCAUCAUCACCCUCCAGUCGGAUUGCUCCAUGGUCUUUGGAAGAUUCAUCUCCAUGGAGAGUCCUCGGGAGUUCAGAGGACAGUUCAGAAUCUCGGCUUCCAUCGGCUCCGUCAUAGUUCUUCAAGGAAACUCCGCAAAGCUCGCAAGAUACGCGGUGCCAGCCCUGCCUACAAAGAGGUGCUGUCUCAUCCUCGGCAAAACUCUCGUCAAGAGAUUUUCCAGAAACAUGGGCUUCCAACGCUCGUCAAGCUCUGGCGGACUUCUUAACACCAGCAUGAGACCAGCAGCUAACAGCAGCAGUGGUGGCGGUGGCGGUGGUAACAAUCCAAUGGCUUCCUCGCCAAUGCAGCAGGGAUUUCCAGCAACCGGAGUUCCAGCGUCCCCGACUCCAGCGUCACCUCCGCAAGGCGGACCGUUCCCACCGCUUCCACUCCCGGUUAUGGUCCCAGGGUGUUCGCCGGUUCCCAGGCCAGGACGUUUCAAUGGAACCGGCGUCUUCCUUCCUUACGCGGCUCCAAACGGUCCGGGGAGGCCUAUGGGUUCCGGCCAUCGCAGCAAAGGUCCAGUGCUCCAGAGGAUAAAUUCGCUCCCGGCUUCCUUCCGGAGCUCACAGAAUGGACCAGCUUCGUCCGCAGUAAACAGUGGCAAAUCUCUCGCGGACGAUCCGGGAGCUAGCAGCAUCACGAUCGGCAGCGGCAGUAACUCGCAGGCUCUCGAUCAAAGCGCGAGCAGUGAUUCCUCCGAUAGAGCGAACAAUUUUACGGACAAGUUGUAAAACGAGAAGACCAAGAGGAGUAAAAACCAUUUUUUCGGCUUCUAGUCAAAA